CUUUCCCAAUUAGCAACUGCUCUGCUUUAGCAUCGCCUUCUCACAUCACAUCACAUGUCAAACACUCUCAAAUCUGCAAGUUUUCUGCACAUGCCUUGCUAUCUUUCCCAAUUGUUUUCCAAAUCUCACCCAACACUCAUUGACUUCUCUCUCAUCAGGAAGCUUAUCUUCCCCACUCUCUCAGUCCAACUGAGAAACUGUGAGAGACUGAGUUAUGGAGAGGCAGAGAAGUUUCUCCUUCAAACCCACUAGAUUCUUAGUAUUUUCUUUUACCAUCUCUUCCUCUGUCAUCUUUCUCACUUUCUUUACCAUGUGGAUCAUCAAAACAACUCCUUCAGUACCCCAAGAAACCCGUCUCCAGUUCAACACAUCCUCACUCGUUUUGGGUUUCAAACCCAUAGCUGUUCACACAUUGACUGGGUUCAGUAGGAAUUUUUCAGUAAAUGGUCUUAAAGAUUCGAUCUUGAAGGGUACCCGUUUGAGCAAACCUGAAAAUGCUUCUGGGUUUUCUGGGAUUUCACUUAUUAGUGGGUUACAGUUACAGAGGAAGGAGAACGAAUCCCAAGUGCCAGAACACGAAGAGGAAAAAGGCGGUGAGUCUGAUGGUAAUUUCCCACCAAUUGAACACAGUGCACCUACUACAAUCCUAUUUGUGAACAUUGAGAGGACUGAAGAGAAAAAUGCUGCAUUGAAUAAGACUGAAGUCACAAGUAAAAAGAGGAUUGAUGAGAAGAAGACUAGAAAAACUUCAUUUGAAAAUACUCAAAUUUCAAGUGGCGGGCAGGUUGAGAACAAGAGAGUGAGAGGAUGCGAUUUUACCAGAGGGAGGUGGGUCUACGAUGAGAGCUAUCCUUUGUACACAAAUGAUUCCUGUCCCUUCAUAGAUGAAGGUUUUAAUUGUCAGGGUAAUGGAAGAUUAGAUAAAGACUACAUGAAGUUGAGAUGGCAACCACAAGAUUGUGACAUUCCAAGGUUUAAUGCAACAAAAAUGCUGGAACUGAUCAGAGGGAAAAGACUAGUUUUUGUGGGCGAUUCAAUCAAUAGGAAUCAAUGGGAAUCCAUGCUGUGCAUGUUAAUGGGAGCUAUCAAAGAUCCAAAUAGGGUCUAUGAGACGCAUAGGCGCAGAAUCACCAAAGAGAAGGGGGAUUACAGUUUCAAAUUUGUGGAUUACAAGUGUACAGUUGAAUAUUAUGUGUCCCAUUUCUUGGUUCAUGAAGGCAAGGCAAGAGUAGGGCAGAAGCGGGUGCAAACUUUGCGAAUUGAUUCCAUUGAUCACGGCUCAUCUAGAUGGAGAGGAGCUGAUAUUUUGGUAUUCAACACCGCACAUUGGUGGUCUCAUUACAAAACUAAAGCUGGGAUUAAUUACUAUCAGGAAGGGGGCCAAAUUCAUCCACAGCUUGAUGUUUCCACAGCUUUCAGAAAAGCUUUGAUGACCUGGGCAUCAUGGGUUGAUAAACGCAUCAAUCCACGCAAAACCCAAGUUUUCUUUCGAAGUUCAGCACCAUCCCAUUUCAGGGGAGGUCAAUGGAAUUCAGGCGGGAGUUGUAAAGAAGCAACUCAACCGCUUCAAACUUCAAGCUUCUCUUAUUCUGAGAAAAAUGUAAUUGCAGAGGAGGUCAUAAAGCAGAUGAAAACUCGUGUGACUUUCUUGAACAUAACUGGCUUGUCAGAAUAUAGAAUUGAUGGUCAUCCAUCUAUAUAUGGAAGAAAAUCAGGGAAACACUCCUCUUCAGGCAUUCAAGAUUGCAGUCAUUGGUGUCUUCCUGGCAUUCCUGAUCUCUGGAAUGAAUUGUUGUAUGCUCAUUUGCAGUAACUGAAGGUAAACAGAUUUUUCAUUAUAAAUCUUUUAUCUAACUUGUAAAUAAUUAGUUCAUCAUUUGUUCAGUGAGCUGGUUUACUGGCUGGCUUAUAAUUUUGGUUUAUAUAUAAUUCUUUGAGGGCUACCUGGGAAUGCGAGUGAAAUUUCAUGAUUGUUUGGGACUGUAACAUUAUGUUUUGGUCAUGUAUAUUGGUUGGCCACAGCAGCAACCUUGAAGGAUGGGAAGGUGCAUAUAUCUCAAACUCAAUCACAUGCUUGGCUUGGGAUGGGAUAAGCCUAAUUUAGAAGAAGGCAUGUUGUUUUUGUUGAGGUAGGCAGUCUUUUCUGGUUGAAAGUUGGAAUGGACUAAACCACCACCAUCAUAUCAUACAUUCAUAUUCAUAGGUAGAUAGAUUAAUUAGAUGUUGAACUUGGGAAUUUUAAGUUGAUUUAUGGAUCAGUAAUCCACUCUUUUUAUAAUGGGCUAGUUCAUCUGGGCUGUCCUUUUUACCAAUAAAUGAGGCCUUUAAGCUCUGAAUUGGCAUGAUAAAUUGGGCGACAUUCUCGUCUAAAAUUUCUGUCUGGGCUUUAGUGGAUCUCUUUUUUCUGGUUGUGGGCUCUAUUUUCAUCCAUUAGUAAGUUCUACACUAUUUGUUUAAUGGCCCAAA